CAUGUUCAUACAACAAAAACGAUUAUGGAAUCCUCUUCUCUUAUUUCCUUCUCAUUGCUCUUUUGCUUUAGUAUACUAUUCUUUGGUUCAAAUGGAGUCGAAGCUCGAAGAGCCCCUCCGUCCAUCUCUUAUUUGAUUAGUGAAAAUCUGUUUAAUUCCAUAUUUCUACACAAGGAUGAUAAUGCAUGCCCUGCAAGAAACUUUUACAAUUACACCUUCUUUAUUCAAGCCGCGAAAUGCUUUCCAAGCUUUGGCAACACAGGGGAUAUAGCUACCCGAAAGCGUGAGAUUGCAGCUUUUCUUGCUCAAAUAUCCCACGAGACCACCGGCGGAUGGGCCACCGCACCUGACGGACCAUACGCUUGGGGCUUGUGCUUCAAAGAGGAAAUCAACCCUCAAAGCAACUACUGUGACUCUACCAACACACAAUGGCCUUGCUACCCUGGCAAAUCAUACCAUGGAAGAGGCCCCAUUCAACUAUCCUGGAAUUACAAUUAUGGACCAGCUGGGAAGGCAGUGGGUUUUGACGGGCUAAGGAACCCAGAAAUAGUAGCCAACAACUCCUUGAUCGCAUUCAAAACCGGGCUUUGGUUCUGGAUGACGGAGCAGAGCCCAAAGCCGUCUUGCCACGAUGUCAUGGUUGGUAAAUAUGUCCCGACGGAAGCCGACUUGGCAGCUAAUCGGACGGCGGGAUAUGGGUUGGUAACCAACAUAAUCAACGGUGGGUUGGAGUGUGGAAUACCCAACGAUGCACGUGUAAAUGACAGAAUUGGAUUCUUUGAGAGAUAUGCUCAGUUAUUUAAAGUUGAUACAGGGCCUAACCUAGACUGUGCGAAUCAAAAGCCGUUUUAACAAAAAUGGGGUUCCCUACCUCUGUUUUCUUCUUGUAUAAUAAAACAGGGCAGUGCUUGUUUGUUGUGACCUUGUGAUACAAUUGUAAUUUCCAUAAUAAUAGUAAAUGUUUAUUCUGACGGAAGAGCAAAGGGUUUUUCUCAAUGGAAUUUUCUUUUUGUUUUGUUUUA